AUGACGUCCACCAAGCCGACCUUGGUCGCCAGAGCGACAGACGAUGCCGACACCAUCACCACUCUGGCGAUGUCCAGUCGCUUCACGGCUCCCGCAUCUUGCUCGAAUUCCUGGACGUUUGAACCGUCAGGCGCAAACGGCAUCUCGAACGGUCUGUUGUUGCAGAAUGCUCACGCCAGCGACAAUGCCGACCCGGCAUGCUUUCCUUCGGGGUAUAGCCAGUAUGAGCGAAACCAGCCCUCGAUCGUGUACAGUCCUGGGUACUGUCCCGGUGGUUACACCUCUGCCGAUCUCGUCAUCCAUGACCCGAUCACCACGGCGAUUUGCUGUCCUUCCGACUUUGAAUAUCUAACCAUCCUCACGAGAGGAGGAACCUUUGCCGGAUGUACCAGCAUGUUCCCAAAGACCAGCUCGACCAUCGUCACCGUGCGCCAAGUCAGCGCCGAGAGCACCCAAGUCACUGGUCCAAUUACCAUGUGGGCGCAACCAAUCGAGGUCCAUCUGCAAGAGUCAGACUCAAGUCUAUUCGUCUCAGCGACCACAACCUCCGACUCAUCAACCGCAACUCCCACAAAAACAAGCACAACAAGCGGAAGUGCAACCCCAACCGGUGGAGACUCCGGUGCUGGUGACGGAGCCAGUACAAGCGGAUUGUCAACAGGAGCAAGCAUCGGCAUUGGUGUUGGUGUGGGCGUAGGAGCCCUCAUCGUCAUUGCCGGAUUAGCAUUCUGGUUCUUCCGCCGCCGCCAGGCCAAGAAGAGCGCCGUCUCAAACCCUCCCUACGUCUCAGUGAACCCGGAACCGAGCGAGCUCGGCGGAAGCUCACAGGCCGCGCCGUCGAGCACGCCAGGCCACACGACCAUGUCGGAAUUGGACGCUACCCACGGCCCCAAGCCUUUACACGAACUUGCAUAG